AGAAGGAGGUUACUUUGUUGACGAGCCUGAAAUCCACCAAGUAAAUACUGUUGGAACCAGUGAUCAACCGAGGGAGCCCAGAUUCCCGUAUCAACCAUACAGAAGACCAUUUCGACCAAAGUAAUGUCCAACGCCGGUUUCUAGCCAUUGGAGCCCAGCGAUGGAUAACGCAGUUUUAUUUUUGCUUUUAGGAGAGCCAGUAAAACCUGACGAAAAUGGUGAAAUGAAAUGCGAGAAAGAUGCAAAGUUUGUGAACGAGAUAAAAGGCUGCGAGGGUCUGGAAAAGGGCGAAGAGAAAGACAUCAAAUUAUUGGAGGAGGACGACUUGCAGAAAGAGCCGAAGAGUCCACUUUCACCGGUCGGUUCAACCCAUUCUCAAGAUGUGCCGGCACCGCCGAGCCCGGUCGUAGUGAUCCCAGAACAGAAGAUCGAGCUUGUGACUUUCAAUGUGAUACACAACAAGCAGAAAUACGAAGUUGAUUUCCCAUUAGAUGAUUCAGUAUCCAAAUUAAAACUCCACCUUCAAAGUCUGAUUGGGAUUCCCCAGAAUCUACAGAAGGUGAUGUACAAGGGUUUGGCCAAGGAUGAUAAAACACUUAGGGAUAUUGGUGUUACUUCGGGUGCAAAAGUCAUGGUCGUCGGUUCCAAACUUGAUGACGUGCUGGCUGUUUCAACUCCAAGCACACAAGUUUUAAAUGAGGAGAAAUCAGCUGGAACGAGUAAAGAACCUUUCUGCAAACAGAAAAAUCAUAAGCGGGUUUUAGACAGAGGAAUUCCUGACGAUGUUAUGCCUGGAAUUCUAAAUACCAAAGAACCUCUUCCACCAUGUCCUCUGUCCGGUAUGCUGAACAAAUCCGGUGGGAAGGUGAGGUUAACAUUUAAGCUGGAGCUUGACCAGCUUUGGAUUGGGACUAAGGACAGGACUGAAAAAGUACCAAUGUCCACAAUCAAAACCAUAGUCAGUGAGCCGAUCGAAGGACAUGAGCAGUACCACAUUAUGGGGUUCCAGUUAGGGACGACAGAAAGUUCAAGGUAUUGGGUCUAUUGGGUUCCAGCCCAGUACAUCGAUUCCAUCAAGGAUGCUGUUUUGGGCCCUUGGGAGGCGUAAAAUAACUUCAGUGCUGUGUUUUUUCGAAAAUAAGUUACAAAAAAAGUCAAAAAAAUUAAAAAAAUUG